AUGUACGUCGCCCCGCGUUCAUGUUUCACAUCAUUCUCUCUCUCUCUCUCUUUGCUUCGUUGGGUGCAGCCGUCGUUAGCUGUCAUGUGCCUUUGGCAACUUGCAUUGCUGCCGUUUUGUAUUGCGUUGCGUACUUCUCUUUUCCUUUUUGGGACUUCUGAGGCAAGCAUUGCGCACAUUGAAAGGGCGGAAAACAGUUCAAGUACUAGAAACAUAUCUAUUCCAGGAACAACCUCCCCCCUCUUUUUCAGAAGGAGUGGAAAGGAAAGACAGUACAUGAGGUACAGUGUUGUCAGAACGCGGCCGUCUCGCAGCCGCAGGCUGCGUCACUGUGUGCUAAUUUCAUUUCUAGCAUUAUUACUGAUGAUGCUUUCUUUGUCUAUAUCGUUCUACAACACCCGGAGAAGUGUCGACAGUCUAAAGAUGAAACUGCGAGAAGAUGCGGCAGGGAACCCACUACUGCGGGAGGGUGCCGCACAAACCGCUUGGAGCUUGUUGAACACAGAAAAUGGUUCUUUAUGGGGUUACGUUGGCGGUAUUGACAGCCUUAUAGAAAAAAGAGUUGACCGGGCGUACUGGGGACCAACCAUGUUCCGGAGCAACGAAGGAACCGUGAAUGAAUCCACGGUUACAAAUGUUGUGUCUGAGCGGUUCCGCAACUUAAACAUGAGCGAGGCUGAGAUGAAGCGUAGGUACAAACGACAUCAGCUGGUGAAGGAGGUCACAGGCUGUGAUUCACUAUCCGUACCGUUUAACCCUCUGCAUGACAGCCGCUGUAUUAACUUCAUGACCAACUCUUCUAAUUGGUUGGAUGUAGUUCCUAUUGGACAAAAUGUUGAUCAACGUACCAUCAAAUUCAGGCUAUUAUUUAAGCCGCUACGUAUAAAUGCAAGCUAUAGUGUCGAGUAUCCCCUCGAAACUUUUGUUAAGGUACCACAGAAAUACUUCGUGCUUGAGGCAGCAAGCGAGGUGGUUGCGUUCAAUGUUGACCGUCUUCUUCUUGUCAAUCGCGUGCCGCCUACGGGGCUGGGUUGUCUCCCGCUUAACACGCUAAGAGGGUCUGUCAACAAGUAUAAACAUAAUACGUCAACGUUUAAAAAGUUUCUCCAGGAUUCGAAAGCCGAAAAUUACGAGCAGUGGAUCGAAAAGGACCUCUUUCAUUUCCUACGGCGGGCGAAGCAUCAUCUUCGCAAAAACGGUAACAACCAAACGUGUGUUCUGGUCUCCAUCCAACUGAAGAUUGCUGAUGUGGUGCACUUUCUCGAAACGCCGAUGCGAAUCCCCUACCGUGUUUUUAGCGACACGUGGUUCGACUAUUUCGACCUUAGGGCUAAUGUAGGCGAGUUGGAGGAUGGUUUGCCAACAUUUGCACAUGAACGUCACUACCCGGGUGUCCUUCACCUCGCAGCACUUGCGAUGUUUGACUAUGUCAUAGGCAAUAUGGACCGAUCACCUUUCAAGAAUAACUUUGUGGUGGGCGGAGUGGCCAACCAACUGGUUUCGGAUAAUACGACUCUUCUUCACCCAAACCACCCAACGUUUGUAUAUUUGGAUCAUGGUUCCUCAUUUCGACUGCGACGACCCGAGCGAAACCCUAUAGCGAAGUCUCAUAUUGGCUUUGAAAAUGGAAAAGAGGACACUUUUUGUCUUUUCCGCGGUCCAUUGCUGCGGCGUAUUCAAGAACUUACCGGACCAUCGGGAGAAGUUACACACGGAAAUAAAGCGAAGGAAGAAGCCUAUGGUGCCGCACACAAUCAUAGAAGUACGGAGACUUUGUUCACCCAUAUGUUAAGGGAGAGAGUUCCACCGGAGGUGUAUUCCGUUAUUGAUAGCAGUAACUUGGAUUUGGUUGUGGUUCGUAUGAAAGAGCUGCUUGCCAUGGCAGGGCGCUGUCUUUCCGAUGAGCGUAUACGCCGAACUGUACUAUUUCCGUAA